AGAAGAAGAAGAAGAAGAAGAAGCCAUGGCGGAACUAAGCUUGCAGAGCAUCGUUGAGAAGAAGCCAUGGCGAGUUCUCGAGUUCUACAGUGGUAUCGGUGGAAUGAGAUACUCUUUGAUGGCGUCAGGCGUUGUCGCAGAAGUAGUAGAAGCUUUUGAGAUCAAUGAUUCUGCUAAUGAUGUUUAUCAGCAUAAUUUCAAACACCGUCCUUAUCAGGGAAAUAUUCAGAGCCUCACUGCUGCUGACUUAGAUAAGUAUAAUGCAGAUGCUUGGCUUCUUUCUCCUCCUUGUCAACCUUAUACUCGACAAGGCCUUCAGAAACACUCUGGUGAUGCUCGGGCAUUUUCGUUUCUCAGGAUUCUGGAGCUUAUACCGCAUACAAAUAAGCCUCCACAGAUGUUAUUUGUAGAGAAUGUUGUUGGAUUUGAGACUUCGGAUACCCAUAUGGAAAUGAUUGAUACAUUAACAAAAUUAAAUUAUGUCACACAAGAGUUUAUAUUGAGUCCGUUGCAGUUUGGUGUGCCGUAUUCAAGACCCCGUUAUUUUUGUAUGGCCAAAAGAAAGCCUCUGCCAUUUAAGUCUCAACACGGUAAUAACAAACUACUCUGGUCUCCAGACCCAUUAUAUGGGCGUGAUGAUCAGGCGAAGUUUGGAGAUUGUCAAGCAGAAGAGGGAUUGGAAAAAUUACUUCAGUUUUGCGAACCAGUUGAGAAGUUUCUCGAGCCUGCUGCACAAGUGGAUGGCGAGCCAAGUAGUUUUGAUGACUCUGAGAAUGAAUCCAAAGAUUGUAAUGGACAAGAAGACGAUUCUGUCCCAGAAUCUGUAGAUCAAUAUCUAGUACCUGUAAGUUUGAUAGAGAGAUGGGGAAACGCAAUGGACAUUGUUUACCCUGAUUCAAAGAGAUGCUGCUGUUUCACAAAGAGUUAUUAUCGAUAUGUGAAAGGCACUGGUUCCCUCUUGGCAACUGUCCAGCCAAAAAUCAAGGGGAAAGAAUCUUGUUUGAAGGAGCAACGGCUUAGAUACUUCACCCCUAGAGAGGUAGCUAACUUUCACUCAUUCCCUGAGGAGUUUGAUUUCCCCAAGCACAUAAGCCUUCGACAAAGAUACGCGAUGCUUGGGAACAGCUUAAGUGUAGCAGUCGUAGCUCCUCUGCUUCGGUAUCUAUUCGAUUCUUGACUGCAGAACUGGAAGCAGUAAGUGACGCAACCAGUUACCCGAAUCAGUUAUUCUCCUGAACAAGCUUCUAUUUUUUUUUGCAACAUUGUAUGACCAAUUCACCAUGUUCUUCAAUGGAGCAUAACCAUACGCAUCUACUCUGCAAUAUUAGGAUAAACUUGCCAUUCAUGUCACUGAAAUUUGUGUACUGAUAGAUGUUCAGAGUGAUGAGAUGAUUCUAAACUUCUAUAUGGGCCAGUCUUUUAUUUGGGCUUCAGCCCAGUUAAUAUUUGUUUCCACAAUUCCAUAAGCAGUCAAAGUUAAGUGACCAUCAUACAUUUAACAUGUCUGUCUCAGUCUCUCUCUCUCUGUCUCACUCUCUCUCUCUCUCUUUAUAAGACUCGGUCACUCUCUGUUAAGGGAGAAGAGCAGCAGCGAGGAGAAGCAUUCUUCAACUGUGACGUUGCGUGCAGUUCACGCUCCGGCGAUACCACCCUAUG